AUGCCCCUGUCCCGCAGAGGAAGAGGAUCCCGCCUGGCCGGCUCCCGAGCAGCGGCCAGUAGCUUCCCGCGGGCGACGGCUCUCUCCCCAAAGAGUGCCGGCCGCUGGGCCCUGUCGACGAGCCACGCGCAACUCCUCACCCGGCAGCGCCAUUCCUCCGUGCAGGUCCCGCCGGAGUCCAAGCCGCAGGCUGACUUCCGCUUGGGAAAGCGGCUCCAAGAAACCGCUGCAGGGGACGGCAGGAACUCGCAGCAGGCUCUGCGGGACAGGAUGAGUUCUAAGCAAGGGACCUGUAGUCAGGAAGUAGUAACAAUCCCUUGUGCUUCUGACAGUGAUUCAGGAAGUGUGGAUUUGCAGCUGAGCAACUUAGAGGCUGUUAAAAAAGCUUCAAGUAGCAUUGAACUUACAGACUCAGACAUCCCUGACAUCCCUGGACUCCAUUGGGAGUCCCUGUCAGAUAGCCCCAGACACCUGACCCACCAGAACCCGCUCAAUGAGGCCAUUGUUGAGAAGUUGAUCCAGUCCAUCCUGGAGGCUUUCAGUGGUGAGCUAAAGGGUGAACUUGAAAAGCUGACAUUCCUAAGAUCUCUGUCUUCUCUCAGCCGAGCUUUACCUUAUAAUGAAACCACAGAAUCAUUCAUUCGCAGCCACAUCACAGAUAUUGUGCAUACCUUACAUGUACUGGUACAAGAGGAGCACCUGUGUUCUCUGUUAAGUCCUGUGCACCCGGAGGUCUUUGUCACCAUAUCUGAUCUCAGUUACCAAGAUGUCCAUUUGCUGUCUGGCUCUGAAGAUCGAGCCGAGUUGUUCAGUCUUAUCACCAGGAGUAUAAUCACUCUGCCCUCUGUAAGGACUCUUACCCAGAUGCGGGAAAUCGUGCCCAAUGGGACCUGCAACACAGAGUGUCUUUACAGGGAGACGUUUCAGGCAUUCUUUGAGAUGCUCCAGAGUUUGGUGGUAAAAGACCCACAUUUGGAAAAUCUUGACACCAUUAUUAAGCACAUGGACCCCUGGUUACAGUCAGUCAAAGACCAUGAGCGGGAACGGGCCACAGCCAGCAUGGCUCAAGUUCUGAAGUGCUUAUCCAGACAUCUCAGCUUGGAGCUUCCACUGCGAUUCCAAAGACUUGGACACCUGGUGGCUCUGAUGGCACUGCUCUGUGGGGACCCACAGGAAAAGGUGGCCAAGGAGGCUGGAGAGGGCAUUCACUACCUGCUGGAUAUCACCCUGCGGCUGAAGUAUACCACUCGUGACAAGAAAAAUCAGCAAAACUUGAAAAGGGCAUUGACAAAAUUUCGAGAAUUCCUGGAGCUCUCUAGCUCUGCUGUUAAAUGCUUCUACAGCUGUCCCUUCAGAAUUGCCCAGAUUUUUGAAGGUUUUCUUGAUUCCAAUGAGCUCUUCCAGUUUGUAACAACUACAUUUGAUACCCUGAGAAACCUGAAACAUCCCUGCACCCAGCGAUCAGCAGGAGAAUUACUGCUAACUUUGGUAAAAAAUGCAGAGUCCCGAUUUGAGAAGGUACCAGAAAUUAUGGGAGUUAUCUGUGCCCAUCUAUCCAUAAUCAGCCAGCCUAGAGUCCGCCAACAAAUCAUAAGUACCGUGAGUUUAUUUAUAUCCAGGCCCAAGUACACAGAUGUAGUGCUCAGCUUCCUUCUGUGUCAUCCAGUGCCAUAUGACAGGCACCUGACUGAGGUGUGGAGAACGCUGGUGGUGGAGCUGCCCAGCACGACCUGGAUUCUGUGGAGGCUCCUGAGGAAGCUGCAGAAAUGCCAUAAUGCGCCCGCACCGGAGAAGAUGGCAUAUGUGGCUGUGGCUGUAAGCCCUUAA